AUGGGGAAAGACCAAAGUGAGAAACUGAAAAUCGGUGUAAAGUAUAAACCUGAUGAAUGUCCUUUGAAAACUAGAAAAGGUGAUAAAUUGAGUAUGCAUUAUACAGGAACGUUAGCGUCAGAUGGAAGUAAAUUCGAUUCUUCUCUUGAUCGUAAUCAACCUUUUGAAUUUACACUCGGAGCUGGUCAAGUUAUAAAAGGUUGGGAUCAAGGUUUACUCGAUAUGUGUGUAUCGGAAAAACGUAGACUUACCAUUCCUUCUGAACUUGCUUAUGGCGUCAGAGGUCAUCCACCUGUCAUACCCCCUUCUGCUACACUCGUCUUUGACGUAGAACUAUUAGGUAUCAAAAACCGUUUUUCCGAUGAGCUCUAA